AUGCUGCAAGAUGUCGUCCGUACAUCUCUCUAUCAGUCUGCCAUCAUGGCCAAUUCUGCCUUGGCGUUCAGAGACAAGUUGGUUCUUGAUGUUGGAGCUGGCUCAGGCAUUCUAUCCUACUUUGCCGUCCAAGCUGGCGCUGAAAAAGUCUAUGCUGUCGAAGCUAGCACGAUGGCUGCAAAGAUUGAGAAACUAGUUAAAUCAACUAGCGAUACGAAGAAUCCGUAUCUGCGGAAUAGAAUUCAAGUCAUUCCAUCCAAAAUCGAAACACCCAACCUUCCAAUUCCUAAAGUCGACACUUUAAUAUCAGAACCUAUCGGUGUAUUCCUAGUACAUGAACGUAUGAUUGAAUCAUACUUGAUUGCAAGAGAUCGGUAUCUUAAACCUGGCGGUACAAUGAUUCCUUCUUCAGGAAACAUAUUUGUGGCUCCUUUCUCGGAUGCUACUUUGUGGACUCAGACUAUGGCUAAAGUUCGCUUUUGGGAACAAAACAACUUUUAUGGAGUUGAUUUCAGUUGUUUGACUCGGGAUGCCAUGGACGAGAUAUUUGGACAACCUGUUGUUGGAAACUUUGAUCAUCGGAUAUUGUCUGCUCCUGCCACGAGUCACCAUGUUGAUUUCAAGACGAUAUCAGUACAAGAAUUGCAAGAUUUUGUUAUUCCAGUGUCGUGGGUUUCUCCAUUUACAGGACUGAUACAUGGUAUAGCUUCUUGGUUUGAUAUCAAUCUAGGAGGAUAUAUCUUGACUACUGCUCCAAAUGCUGAAAGGACGCAUUGGCAGCAAGUGAGAUUUGUACUCAAAGAACCAUUAGCAGUAAACGCAUUCGAAACAGUCCGUGGAUGGAUUCGCUGCUCAGUCAACGAUCUAAGAUCAUACACUCUAACUUGCGAACUAGUCGUUGGAACCGAGACACCAUUAUCAGAUCCAUACGCUACACCUAUAAAACUACCCCUCUCAACCACAGCACCAACAUCGUCAUCAACGCAACCUCAUAAUAAUAGCAUACCGAUACAACUUGACGACCAAAACAACAUCCACGCAUCACUCCUUCUCCGUAAAAGGCGCUGCGAAUGGCAUCUUCACGAACAAACCUACCUGUACAAUUACGAUACAUUCCAGCAGGACUUCUCUAAACCUGAAUUCAUGUGUCUGUAUCCGGGUGGAACAGAUGGGAUUUUGAAUGAUGGUGGAUUGGCGCCCCCGAACGUACCUAGGAAUCCACCCAAUGUCGCAUUUAGUAAUGGUGGGAAUGGUGGCGGUGGGUCAUCAGGCGGAAUGAUGAGUAAUGGUAGUGUGAUGAUCGGAAUGAAUCAGCAGUUUGAUGGCUUUGGGUUGGAAGGAGGGCCUGGUGGGGAUGCUACCAUGUUAUAG